UUUCAGCUUGUCUGUCAGUCUGCCAGUAUGCCUUCCUGAUUACUUGAGUGCGGAUCGGUUCUCUUUUCUCUCUUUCUGCGAUUUUUUUUAUAAAAAAUAAUUUUUCUACUGAAAGUGUAUAAAAAAAAAAAUUUUUUUUUUUUAAAUUAAACAUUAAAAAAAAAAUUAUUAUAAAAAUUAAAAAAGAAAAAAAAAAUGUUACUCUCAAGAAUGACACGAAAAUUUUUGUCAAUUUUUGUUCUUGGCAUAUGCAAUAUUGUCAUUGUCAAAUCAGUUAAUCCUGCAACAACAAUUAUUGGUGGAAUAACAAAUGUUGCUACAAGUGCGACAAAUUUCCUAUACAAAGAAGGAUCAGAUAUAAUGAGAUUCUUGGAACGGGCAGUCGAUAAACCGAAGAGUAUCAUUUUAAAUGCAACAAGAGUGACUACUGACUUAAUCGACAGUGCCGCGUCAAAAGGAUUUGAAUUCAAAUUGAGGAGAUUUCUGGAAAAAUUUCGCUCAAGAAUGCCCCAUGGAAUACCUGAUCUUGGAAUUCCCCCACUGGAACCACUUACAAUUGAGGAGGCGGUUUUUGUAACGAGAAAUCCGGAAAUAGGAAAAGUGAAAUUAGAAUUGAAGGACGUGGAAAUUGAUCAUCUAUCAACAUUUAUUGUUGAUCGGGCAAGACUAUCAUUGAGUGGACCAACAAUUGCUGUUAAUAUAACAGUACCAACAAUUUACGCUCAUGGUGAUUACAAAUUAUCAGGAAUAUUGGGAGAUAUGUUCCCUCUAAAGGGUUCUGGACCAUUUCAAGUUGUAAUUUAUGGAUUUAAAGCCUAUGUACAUACUGUUCUUGGCUAUUCAAGAGGAAUGUAUAUGAAAAGUUUUGAACUCGAUUUUUCACUCGAGGCGGUUGAUCUUGCACUUGAAAAUUUAAUGGGAGAUGAAAAAGUCAGUAAAGUCAUGAACGAGGUUAUAAGAGAAAUUGCACCAGAAGCCGUUGAACUAAUAAAGCCCGAGAUUUUGCCAAAAAUUCAGGACUUCAUUGCAGCACGGGCAAACGAUACAAUUUAUCAUUUAACAUUAAAAGAGGUAUUAAAUGUUCUUAUAGGCGAAACUGAAGUUAGAGAUUUUAUAGUUCUUCCAUAAAAUGUUUCUAGUUUUUCUUUUAAUUACCAAAAAAAAAUUGAUAUAUUUAUAUUAAAAACAUUGGACACCCAGCUACGAUUUAAAAAAAAAUAGAAA